CAAUUCAAACUGACACAUAUAAGAAAUUGUGUAUUUUAGGAAUACUGCAUGUCUGAGUAUUUAAGAAUGAGUGGUAUCUAUUGGGGUCUGACAGUAAUGGAUCUCAUGGGACAACUUCAUCGCAUGAAUAGAGAAGAAAUUCUGACAUUUAUUAAGUCAUGCCAACAUGAGUGUGGCGGAAUAAGCGCUAGUAUCGGACAUGAUCCUCAUCUUUUAUACACUCUUAGUGCUGUCCAGAUUCUUACUCUGUAUGAUAGUAUUAAUGUUAUUGACAUAAACAAAGUUGUGGAAUAUGUUCAAAGUCUGCAGAAAGAAGAUGGUUCUUUUGCUGGAGACAUUUGGGGAGAAAUUGAUACAAGAUUCUCCUUUUGUGCAGUGGCAACUUUGGCUCUAUUGGGGAAGCUUGAUGCCAUUAAUGUGGAAAAGGCAAUUGAAUUUGUUUUAUCCUGUAUGAACUUUGAUGGUGGAUUUGGUUGCAGACCAGGUUCUGAAUCCCAUGCUGGGCAGAUCUAUUGUUGCACAGGAUUCCUGGCUAUUACCAGUCAGUUGCACCAAGUAAAUUCUGAUUUACUUGGUUGGUGGCUUUGUGAACGACAGUUACCCUCAGGUGGACUCAAUGGAAGACCAGAGAAGUUACCAGAUGUAUGUUAUUCAUGGUGGGUGUUGGCUUCCCUAAAGAUAAUUGGAAGGCUUCACUGGAUUGACAGAGAGAAAUUGCGUAGUUUCAUCUUAGCAUGUCAAGAUGAAGAAACCGGGGGAUUUGCAGACAGGCCAGGAGAUAUGGCAAGUGUAGAUGACAAAUCACCAUCUUAG